GCUCUCACGGUGCUUUGCAUCUUCAGUUUGGCGGGCUUAGCCAUUGCGGACGGUCGUGUGACGUGUUAAUUCUACACUCCAGUUACGGCGUAGAGAUCGCGCGUAUUUCAACACUAUAAAAACAAACCAACCCCAAUAGUUUAUGUGCCUAUCGUGAACGAUGUCAAUACACCCGAGCUUUUUGUUGUACUUACAAUGCUUCAUCGUUGUAAACAUUUUAUUGAUCACAAUAGCGGAAGGCGGUGGUCCUCUCGGCACCCAUUGUCGGAAGAGCGCCGAGUGCAAUGUUUCAAAUUCACACUGCGACAAAGGAGUUUGCUCUUGUCAACCUUAUUACGCCCAAGUUGACAACUACACGUGUCUUGAAUCGACGUUGCUGGGUUCAGAAUGCAUCGUGUCCGAACAGUGCACCCUCAAAGUGGCGUUCAGCGCCUGCCUCGACGGCGUGUGUCGAUGCACCGACGGACAUUUACAAUUCAGAAAACAUACGUGCCUUUCUCCCGCUCCCCCGAGCCACGUAUGCUAUAGCAACGAACAUUGCCGCCUAUGGGAUAAGGAGAGCCACUGUGAAUUCGUUAUCCCAAAUCUUUUCGGACGAUGCGCGUGCAACAUAUUUUUCAAACAAAUCGGAGACAGAUGCAUCACGCAAAAGAUACCAACAUUCUCCACAGAAGCAGUUGUCAUCGAUCAAAGUCUCAUGAACCAACCUUUAGUCGUCGAAGCAUCAAAAGAAACUAUUCACAAUAUUCCAACGCCGAUAAAAACUUUGAACUUACCUGCAGUUAUAAAUCCUGGUUCUCUUGAAACUUUCGUGCCGCUUAGCGACUUAGUUGAUUCCGAUGAGGUUGAACCUAGUAAGGUACCGACGAUCCCGGGCAAAAAUGAUGUAUUAACUACAGAAGAAGGAGGCAAUUCUUUGCUACAAGCUGUUAUAAAGACACCAACUUUAGAACCUGUAAAACAGAUGCCAGUCGCGAAUAGAAAGGAAGGUGAUCACACUGAGGUUAUUCGCGUCGAAGAAAUGACAGCCAAUUUACAUGCAAACGACCAGCCUGUAUACAGAGUUGUGACACAACCGACCACUGAAAAGAAAGCAAAUAAGAAGAUCGGUGGUGUAAAGGAACAACAAACAAGUUCGGUGAAGCCUUUCAAAGGUGGACAUCCAAAGAAAUCUUCAUCCAAAGAUAAGAACCGUAUUCGCGCCGAGGUUUCCUCCGUGUUUUACCUCGGGCCAGCGUCUCUCGGCAUGCCCUGCAUACGCGACUCACAGUGUCAUCAAGUAGAUGUAUACUCUAAAUGUGUGAACAAGCGAUGUGAUUGCGCAUUCCGCACCAACUCGACAUCUGCGUGUUCGGCACGGAACAGAGGAUGUUUGCCGGGAACCUUCCAGUGUCGUUCGACUGGGGCAUGCAUCAGCUGGUUCUUCGUCUGUGACGGCCGCAAAGACUGCCCCGACGGCUCCGACGAGAAGUGCGAAGGCAGCGGUAAAGAUGGUUCUGGUGAGCGUUGCCCAAUGCAUGCGUUCCGUUGCGGCGGUCCGGGCGGGCAGUGCGUCUCACGUGCGGCGCGCUGCGAUGGCAGCGUGCAGUGCCCCGGCGGCGAGGACGAGAAAAACUGCAGAGCCACUAAACGCAAGGGAUGUCCGCGUCAUACUUUCCGAUGCGGGUCGGGCGAGUGUUUGCCCGAAUACGAGUUCUGCAAUGCGAUCCUCUCCUGCAAAGACGGGUCUGACGAGCCACCACAUCUAUGUAAUGAACAAUCAAGAUGGCGUGCGGCUGAUUUUUGUCCGCUGAGAUGCGGCAACGGGCGCUGCCGCAGCACGGCCGUGGCGUGCUCGGGGCGCGAUGGCUGCGGCGACAACAGCGACGAAAUCGCCUGUUCUGUUUGCAAAUGCCCAUCUCCAUCCAAAACUAAAGAAGAUUGAAAAAUUAUAACUCCAGUUAAAAAAUAAGUUAAAUUAAGUUUUGCCGUACAGAUCUCACGUUAACAGAAGAAUUAUAAAAUAAAUUAGAAGAAUACUUUUUACAUCAAUUAAUCCAGUGAGUUACUUAUUGUAUAAUUUUCAAGCAGAUAUUUAAUAGAAAAUAUAGACAUUUCUUUUGUCUUGUUAUUUUCGGCUUAGAAUUGUACAGCUCAGUUAGAUCUUUGGUGUUUUCAUACCGUAAUUAACUAUUAUUGUGUAAUUCAAGAUUUUCUCAACGUAUUGUUGCAUUUUUAUACUUUUUCAUAUAAAAUGUUACGGUUCU